AUGAAACCCAAUGACCUUCUACAAGAAUUUACUGAUUUUAGGCGUAAAUUAAAAGCUGAUAUUUAAAAAACUGAAUUUUCUAAAAGUCCAUCAAAAAAUUAUACAAAAACAUAAAGUUCACCAUAAAAAGCAAAUUCAGGUUUCAAAUAAAAAAUUAAUUUCUCAAAACACAAAAGUCAAUUAUAAGAGAGAUGUAAUACAAUUUCAUCUACUUAAAAUUAACCCUAUCAUUCAUAGAUUUAUAAUCUUUAAUUCUAAUGUAUAACACAUGAAAAAUUAAACUCUUAGUAAUAAACUAUGCAAUCAAUCAAAUCAAUGAAUUUAACAAAUAAAAAAAAAUAAAAUAUAACUGAUAGAAUACUAAGUUACACAUAAUUAAAUAAUUUUUGCUUUACACUUUAAUAGAUUUAAAAUGAAGACAUUCGAGAAUUACCUAAUGAAUAUAAGCAACUAUUAAAAUAAUUAGCUUAAUUAAUAUAAGAAAAAAUUGGAGUGAGUGAUUUUUGA